AUGAUCUUCGCAAACACCAUCCCAGAAGCACCACACGGUACAAGUGCCCACAGCAGCACAAGAACAAGAACAAGGAAAGAGAGAAAAAGAAAGGAGGAAGAGACGAUGUCGAGUUCAAAGAUCCAGAAGCAGAAGACUCCUCUGCAAGGCAACGGCAGUAGCAGUAAUAGCCGCAAGAUAAAACACAAGGCGAAAUACUCCAAGGAUAAGAAACUAAACUCCAAAUUACAACGAAUCGAUCGAGAAUACAAAGAUGCAUUGCUAUCGAAGGCGGGAACAGAUUAUCUUCUACCUGAGGAAGCCGGGUUUCUCGAAGCAGACGGACCUAUGGAAAAGACAUUUAAAUUCAAGCAAAAUGAAAUAGCACAAGCAGUAGACUCGUCAACGGCGUCCAAGAAGUUUGAGUUGAAAUUACCCGAGUUUGGCUCUUACCAGUUUGAUUUUUCAAGAAACGGCCGAGACUUGCUACUUGGCGGUCUCAAGGGCCAUGUCGCUGCAAUAGAUUGGAGAAGCGGUACUCUAAACACCGAGUUGCAUCUUAAUGAAACAGUGCACGCGGUGAAAUACCUCCAGAAUGAACAGUAUUUCGCCGUAGCUCAGAAAAAAUACACCUUCAUCUACGACAAGGAAGGAACCGAGCUUCAUCGGCUUAAACAACACAUUGAGUCCACUUUGCUCGACUAUUUGCCCUACCAUUUCUUGCUAGUGGGCGCGGGCCACACGGGGUAUUUGAAAUACCAUGAUGUUUCCACUGGUGAGUUGGUGAGUGAAAUACGCACGAAAUUGGGCCCCACCUUGGCCAUGAAACAGAACCCAUGGAACGCAAUCAUGCAUUUGGGCCAUGGUAAUGGACAAGUCACGUUGUGGUCGCCCAAUGCCCCAGACCCGCUCGUCAAGCUACAAUCAUCGCGUGGACCCAUCCGAGAUUUGGCGAUUGACAGGGAAGGGAAGUAUAUGGUGGUUUCUGGUGCUGACAAGUCGAUGAAGAUUUGGGACUUGCGGAAAUUCAAGGAGAUUGACCAUUAUUACACGCAGACUCCUGCUUCGUCGUUGGACAUCUCCGACACGGGGCUUUUGGGAGUUGGUUGGGGCCCGCAUGUCACUGUUUGGAAAGACAUGUUUAAAGGCUCGCAUCAGCUGGAUCCGUAUAUGAACCACUUGAUCCCCGGGUCCAAGGUCAGCAAAGUCAAAUUCGCCCCCUUUGAAGAUGUCUUGGGGGUGGGACAUCAAUCAGGUUACACUUCCUUGAUUGUUCCCGGUGCAGGUGAGGCCAACUAUGAUGCAUUGGAAAUCAAUCCCUUUGAAACUGCAAAACAGAGACAGGAACAAGAGGUGCGCUCCUUGCUCAACAAGUUACCUGCUGAUUCUAUUGCUAUUGACCCAAACAUGAUUGGAACGGUGGACAAGCGAGCCAAGUCGAUCCGGUUGAAGCCAGGCGAGAUUGCGGAUUUGGCUGCAUCGGAAACCGUGCAAGCGAAAUCGGAGAUCCGGCCAGAAGUCAAGGGCAAAAACUCGGCACUCAGGCGGCAUUUGAGAAAGCAGAGGGAAAAUGUUAUUGAUCAAAGAAAGAUGAGAAUCGAAAAGAACUUGCGAAACGAGAAGGAAGCAAGAGCCAAGCGUCGGCGAUUGCAGAAUGGAGAAGACGAUGACGAUGAAGAUGCUUUGAAAUCGGUCUUGUCUAGAUUUGGAUAA